AUGGAUUUCAUCAAGACCAGUUCCCUGCGUGCUCUGAUUGAGUUAACUUUCCAACGCAACUGGAACGGCCUCAUUUGGAUGAGUAGAAAAGGAGUUAUAACCAAAAGAGUGAAGACUGUCCAGACGGCUCUAUCGAGAAUCAGCGCCCAACCGCGCAGAGGCUGGCCGGGAGAAACGAAUGUUUCGCUCGGCCAAAAUCGUAUCCGUCCGUCUGAAGUCUCGGCCAAAGUUCAAACCAUCCGGCCGACAUCACGACCCGGGAAGCAAUGUCCCGCGGUCGGCCAAGCCACGACCACUCACGCCAAGCCGCGCACGACCAUGCCGCGCGAGCCGGGAAGUAACGCCUUGCGGCCGCGCGACCUAUCUCACGUACCACGGCCGAUGGCUCCGUCCGAGCCGGGAAGCCACGUCCCAAGCACUAUAUAUAUAGCUUUUUAG